GCUUAGUAGUCUUUCUUCUAUGUGCUUCGUGCUUGGUAGUCUCCCACUCAGUUGGACUUUGAUGAAUUAGGAGAAGAAAAAAAAUCAGGGUUUGACCCUUUUAAAGAGUUGUGCCUGUUCAACAUGGCAGGUUGUGGCUUCUGUCUUAGCUUGAUCAACUGGUGAGUUUUCUGAAGCACCUCAUAUUCUCGAUGAAAUAUUCCUUUUGCCUUUUCUGGAGGCUGGUUUGUGUGGCUUCAUGUCUGAACAAACUAUUUCUUCGUUUUUCAAGUAUUCUUACACAAGUUUUAAUCAGGUGACGCUAGAAUUGACAACCUGCAACUUUUGGCCGACCAGCGGUUUGUUUCACUCCAUGUUUGUGAUGGCUGAUUAUACCAAGUUCCUCCUUUUGUUUCUGCUCUUGAGCUGCUCAUCAUUGUGUUUUGGUUCUGAACCUGAUAUCCGGUUUUGUAUGCCAAUUUACUGGCGUGGAAUGUUGGCACCCUGACGAGAACAAGGUUUACGCUUUGCGUCUCGGCAACCUAGGGCUUGAGGGCCCAUUUCCUCAAGGUCUUCAACAUUGUACAAGCGUGAUCAUGCUGGACCUGUCAAGUGACAAUUUUUCAGGACCAAUCCCUCCUGACAUCUCAUGGCGGCUGUCAUAUCUGUCAUCUCUGGAUCUUUCCUUCAAUGAAUUUUCAGGUGAAAUCCCAGAUAGUAUCGCAAAUCUGACGAAUCUGAAUGCCCUCAACCUUCAGCACAACCAACUAAGUGGUCAAAUUCCUGCAUCGCUAUGGAAGUGGUCAAAUUCCUGCAUCGCUAUGACCCGAUUGUUCUGGAACUUUGUUUGUCAUCCGGAUGCCAAACGGGCACUUCCAACAGCAACUUCAGUUCCCUCCCCUGCAGUAAGAGUUCACCAACAUGUAUACCUGGUACCCUAGCAAGUCCUGUGUUUUUCCUUCGCUUGUAGUGCAAAUGGUGCAAGGCAUUCUCUCGAGGAAAGAAAAGUGCACAGAAUCACGGGAAAUGAACUCCCAUCACAGAAACAUAACAUAUCAAAUUUGAUCAGCUGUAUUAAGAAAAUAUACAGGAGCAAAAUUGAUAUUUUAUAGGUGUGGCAGAAUCAGAAUAAUUAUGCCCUUCAUGUUUUCUGCCUAGUAAGAGAGCAGACAUCCCAGUUCUGCAGCGUUGUCCUCCCUCAACCUUGAGGGCGUCUUCAAAGCGCCCAGAUUUUAUCCACAAGGGUACGUCCGCACUCUAUAUUCGGGUUUUUUGUCCAGUGAUUUAGGUAGAGUUAUAGGAAUGAUAUAUAUAUUCAUGUUUCUGAAAAUCCAGAAUAUUUUCGGAGUAAAAGUAACUGCAAAUGCACCCAGCGAGACCGUGAGAUCAGAGUUCUCGCAAGUGGGUUCAAAAUUCUAUUCUGUUAGGCGAUGAUGCAAACUCCAUCCACACAUUCCUCAGUGACAAUUCUACUGACACUGGAGACUUGACGACGCUGGGUUGGUCUCUCUGCCGUGUGCCUUCUUUCCAUACUCAUGACCAUGAUUCGUAUUGAGAUUGGUCGAGUGCUUUACAAACUUUUGUAGAAGAUACACUUGGGUUAUCGUAGAGGUUACCACCGUUGGUCCACCCAGAGUAGCAUCACAUAAUUCCCAGUAUUUUUUCCCAAUAUGGAAAAGUAAUUUAUAAGUACCAAGGCAUGGUUUUAUACUUUUAUCGUAAAUUAAUGCAAAUGCCUACUUAGUUAAGGCUGGGAGAAGCACUGCCUUUACUCUUGGAAAAGUUUACCUUCCUGUCACAUACGUCUUCAUAAAUUGAUGAUUUGGUGGCAUCAGCUCCACAAGUUAUACACUAGAGUGGUAUUUUUCUCUGGACGGUGAGUCAUGACUAAUGAAGUCUUCGGAGACAGCUCAGGAUGGGGACUAUUGGCAGUAGGCACACGGUAGUUCUUUCUUCCAUUUAUACUUGUAGCAAAUCCUUCCGAGUCAAUAGGACUUCGGGUUUGGCAGAAGAAAAGUCUAUGCUCCAGUGCAGGGAUUCUCUGUUUUAAAAGGGCUGCACCCGUUCAUGUACAGUAGAUGGUGGCUUCUAAUUUGGCUUGAUGAACUGGUGAGUUUUCUGAAGCACCUCAUACUGUGUAGGAAGUAUGACAUGAAAUUAAUUUGUUAUUUGCACUUUUGGAGUCUACUUUGUGGUGUCUCCAUGUCUGAGAAAAUCAUUUCCUAUUUUUCCAAGUAGCGUGUUCAAGUGUUGACCUAGUGGUAAAGCUGCUGCCUUGUGACCAUGAGGUCACGGGUUCAAGUCCUGAAAACAGCCUCUUGCAGAAAUGUAGGGAAAGGCUGCGUACAAUAGACCCAAAGUGGUCGGACCCUUCCCCAGACCCCGCGCAAGCGGGAGCUACAUGCACUGGGGCUGCCCCCAGCGUGUUCAAGUGUUCUUACACAAGUUUUGAUCAGGUGGCGUUGGAAUUGACAAGCUGCAACUUUUGGCACAGAGCAGCUGUUUGUUUAUCUCCCCAUUUAUGAUGGCUGAUGAUACCAAGUUCAUCCUUUUUUUUCUCCUCUUGAGCAGCUCAUUGUUGUGUUUUGGUUCCGAACAUGAUAUCCAGUGCCUCAAGUCCGUACAUCAAUCAGUGAUUGAUCCCAACGGUGUACUCAAAUCCUCUUGGAACUUUGAAAAUGCCACCAGCGGUUUCAUAUGCCGCUUUACUGGUGUGGAAUGCUGGCAGCCCGACGAGAACAGGGUUCUCUCUCUGCGCCUCGGCAACCUUGGACUUGAAGGCUCAUUUCCUAAAGGUCUUCAAUAUUGUUCAAGCAUGACGGGCCUGGACCUGUGGAAUAACAAUUUUUCAGGACCGAUCCCUUCUGACAUUUUACAGCAGGUGCAGAAGCUGACAUAUCUGGAUCUUUCGUACAAUAGCUUUUCGGGAUCAAUCCCAGAGAGCAUGUCAAAUAUGACAUAUCUGAAUGUCCUCAACCUUGAGCAUAACCAACUCAGCGGUCAAAUUCCACCGCAAUUCGAUUUGCUUACUCGGUUAACUACGUUCAAUGUUGCGGAGAACUUGUUAUCAGGGCCUGUUCCUACUUCGCUACAGAAGUUUUCGGCUUCGAACUUUGCUGGUAACCAAGGGCUUUGUGAUGCACCUUUAGAUGAGUGCUCCGCUUCGCCGGCCUUCACCGUUAGACCGGUACGAAUCAGGCUGCACAGGCUCAACGACUGGUCGAACAUCGGAGCAGCCGUUGGAUUCAUCGUGUGGUUCGUGGUGGCCUUCUACUUCCCGCAGUGAUUCGUCUGCUCUGAGAGGCCUACGUGGUUUGCAUAUGAUUCACUUGUUCUGAAUCUGUGUCUGGCAUACCUUUGCGGAGGCCAAAUGAGCACUUCAAACAGUAAUUUUAGUUUGUUCGCUGCAGUAACAAUUAUCUUAAUUCACGUGAUGUAUACCUGGCAACUUGCCAGUGCCGGUGAUUUGGUUUGCUUGUAAAUGGUAAAGCAUAUUUCAUUUCUUCCAGAAAGAUUCAAGGCGAUAAUCUAUA